CCUCCUGGCGCUAGGCGUCUGGUUCAGCUCUUUUGAUGAGGAAGUAGAAAGUUGGCUUCUUGUGCUGUACCCCGUGCGCUCUGCUGUGGGUUGAGUACUUGGCAGCUGCGCCAUGGUGAGCAAGGGGCUUCUGUUCCCAGACCGGGAGGAGUGGCCGGCCAUGACUGCAGUGACCUAUGAUGAUGUGCAUAUCGACUUCACUUGGGAGGAGUGGACUUUGAUGGAUCCUUCCCAGAAGAAUCUCUACAAAGAUGUAAUGUGGGAGACUUACAGAAACCUUACUGCUGUAGGCUACAGUUGGGAAGACCAUGAUAUUGAAGAACACUGUCAAAGUUCUGGAAGAAUUAGAAGGUACAAAGAACAUCAUAUUGGGAAGAAACCCUCUGAAUAUACUCAAUGUGCAAAAGCAUUUUUAUAUUACGGUCAUCUUCAGAAUAAUGAAAGUAUUCAUACUGGAGAGAAUCUCUAUAGUUGUAUUCAAUAUGAUGAAGCUUUUUCACACAACAUUAGUCUCCAAAUACAUGAAGAAACACAUACUGGAAAGAAAAUCAGUGAGAGUAAUCAGUGUGGUAAAGCCCUCACGAGUCAUGAUCAUUUUCAAAUACAUAAAGGAACACAUACUGGCAAGAAACCCUAUGAAUGUAAUCAAUGUGGUAAAGCCUUUGAAUGUACCAUUAGACUCCGAAGACAUGAAAGAAGACAUACUGGAGAGAAACCUUAUGAAUGUAAUCAAUGUGGUAAAGCCUUUGCAUGUACCAGUAGUCUCCAAAGACAUGAAAGAACACAUACUGGAGAGAAACCCUACAAAUGUAAUCAAUGUGAUAAAGCCUUUUCACAAAACAAUACUCUCCAAAUACAUAAAAGAACACAUUCUGGAGAGAAACCCUACAAAUGCAAUCAAUGUGAUAAAGCCUUUUCACAAUACAGUAAUUUUCACAUGCAUAAAAGAACACAUUCUGGAGAGAAACCCUACAAAUGUAAUCAAUGUAUUAAAGCCUUUGCAUGUGGGACUAGUCUCCAAAUACAUGAAAGAACACAUUUUGUAGAGAAACCCUAUAAAUGUAAUCAAUGUGAUAAAGCCUUUUUACAACACAGUCGUCUCCAAAUACAUAAAAGAACACAUACUGGAGAGAAACCCUACAAAUGUAAUCAAUGUGAUAAAGCCUUUUCACAACACAGUCUUCUCCAAAGACAUAAAAGAACACAUACUGGAGAGAAACCCUACAAAUGUCAUCAAUGUGAUAAAGCCUUUUCACAACACAGUUAUCUCCAAAUGCAUGAAAGAACACAUACUGGAGAGAAACCCUACAAAUGUAAUCAAUGUCAUAAAGCCUUUUUACGACACAGUCGUCUCCAAAUACAUGAAAGAAUGCAUUCUGGAGAGAAACCCUACAAAUGUAAUCAAUGUGAUAAAGCUUUUGCAUGUGCCAAUACUCUCCAAAUGCAUGAAAGAACACAUACUGGAGAGAAACCCUACAAAUGUAAUCAAUGUGAUAAAGCCUUUUUACAACAUAGUCAGCUCCAUAUACAUGAAAGAAUACAUUCUGGAGAGAAACCCUACAAAUGUAAUCAAUGUGAUCAAGCUUUUGCAUGUUCCAGUAGUCUCCGAAAACAUGAAAGAGCACAUUCUGGAGUGAAACCCUACAAAUGUAAUCAUUGUGAUAAAGCCUUUUCACAAAACAGUCAUCUCCAAAGACAUAAAAGAACACAUUCUGGAGAGAAACCCUACAAAUGCAAUCAAUGUGAUAAAGCCUUUUCACAACACAUUCAUCUUCAUAUGCAUAAAAGAACACAUUCUGGAGAAAAACCCUACAAAUGUAAUCAAUGUGAUAAAGCCUUUGCAUGUGCCAAUAGUCUCCAAAGACAUGAAAUUAUACAUUCUAGAGAUAAACCCUACAAAUGUAAUCAAUGUGAUAAAGCCUUUUCACAACACGGUCAUCUCCAAAGACAUGAAAGAACACAUUCUGGAGAGAAACCCUACAAAUGUAGUCAAUGUCAUAAAAACUUUUCACGACACAGUCUUCUCCAAAUGCAUGAAAGAACACAUUCUGGAGAGAAACCCUACAAAUGUAAUCAAUGUGGUAAAGGCUUUGCAUUUUCCAAUAGUCUCCGAAGACAUGAAAGAACACAUACUGGAGAAAAACCCUACAAAUGUAAUCAAUGUGAUAAAGCCUUUUACCAACACAGUUAUCUCCAAAGACAUGAAAGAACACAUUACUGGAGAGACAUCCUUCAAGUGUAAUCAAUGUAAUAAAGGCUUUUCACAACACAAUAACCUUUAAAUUCAUGAAAGAACACAUACUGGAUAGAAACCCUAUGGAUGUAAUCAAUAUGGUAAAGCCUUUGCAUGUACUAAUAGUUUCUGAAGACAUGAAAGAACACAUACUGGAGAGAAACCCUACAGAUGUAAUCAAUGUAAUAAAGGCUUUUCCCAACACUCAUCUCCAAAUACAUAAAAGAACACAACAUCUAGAGAGGAGACCCCAUGAAUGUAGUCAAUGUGAUAAAGCCUUUGCAUGUGGUGGUAAUCUCUGCAUACAUAAAGGAACUCAUACUGGAGAGGAACCUUACAAAUGCAAUCAAUGUAAUAAAGCCUUUAUAUGACACAGUCAUGUCCAAAUACAAAAGGACUGCAUUCUGGACAGAAACUAUGAAUUUAAUGAAUGUGGCAAAACUUUUAUGUCUCAACAAUCUCGGAAUACAUAAAGGAAUACAUACUGCAGAAAAACCCUAAGACUGUAAUCAGUGUGGUAAAGCCUUUGCAAUUCAAGGUCAUUUUUAAAUACAUAAAAUAACAUACUGGAGAGAAACCC